GCGAGAGAAAAGGAACAACUAACGAGGAAGAUCAUCCACCUUGAAACAGAACUUAACGGUUAGUUUGAAGUAACGACUCAUGUGGGAUAAGAGAAGUGCACGCGGACAGGGAAACCAUUUAUAACCCAUUUAACUAAGGGGUGCCGCAGAAAACCGUAGGGGACAAUAAAUAUUCCCCCAAACCCCUGUUUCUCAUUCCGUCCGAAACAGUUCCGUUUUUGUUAUGUUCUCCUGAUUUGCCUCAUCAUUCAAAACUUGCUUUUAAUCUGUAUUUUACUACAAGUAUUUAUAAUAUGCACUUUUAUUUCUUGUAUUUUAACAGCUAAAGAGAAGGAGAUCACCUUUCUUAGGGAAGCUUUCUUUGCGAAAGAUAAAGAGAUUUCUGAUCUCAAAGAAAAACUGUCCCAGCUACAACAAAGCUGGCAAAGAAAUCAGUUGGAUUUUGCCAAGCGAACAGCGGCAACGGAGGAAAAGUUUCAUGAGGCAAGGAAGACUAUCGAUGAGCUCAAGGGUGGAGCAAAUUUAAGUGUCAUGAGGAAUACAACAAAGUUAGAAGAAUCCCAAAGCGGACUACAAUUUUUUAAUGGUGAGUAUGUUGCUUGAAAUGGCAUUUCCGUGGCCAUAUUUAGUCUCCAAGCGUCGCAGGGAAACACUGAUGGAAAGAGGACGAGGGUCUGCAUUAUCGAUCACUGUACAAAUCAAUCGUUUCACAAUUCAGAGAAGAUAUAAAGAAAAAACACCUAGAGGAAAUAAUACACCUAUAGCUAAAAAUUGCGGCCCAUGCCAUUGGCGAAGUCACCUAGUCUCGUACCCAGACCUUUCGCGGCCAAGCCUACAUUCAAGUUACAGUCAAACGGUAGGAUCUGGGCCGAUCUUAGAUGUCACCAUUCACGGACCUGAAAAAAAGUGUGUACCACAUUUGAGUCAGUAAAGUCACAAAAAUGUCAUUUCCCAUCCUCAAGACAAAAAGACGCACUUAACCCCAAAACUUAAGACCCAUUGACAACGCAUUCAUUCAAAACUUUCUCUCUAUUAGGUAAAGCUUACUUUGAUCCUCAACCAUCAUGGUUUGACACUCUAUCUAACAACGGUGGAUGUCUCGAAAUUCAAAACUUUCCAGUAACAGCAAGAGAGCUUGAGGCUAUGAAGAAUGUUAAAUCAAAUUCAAAACCCUCCACUGAAGCAGCCCAAGGUAUGAAGAAGGAAACUUGUAUAACACAAUUUCGCGAAUUCAACAGCCCAUCAUUUAUUGUGCUGAAGUUGGGUGGUAUGACGUGUAACCAAAAACAAGUAAGCACUUCGAAUUAUCAAGGUACCAAAUCGCUGUAGGAACUCGGCCGAGUACUCCCUUCAUCAAAUUCAAAGAGGAACUCACUGAUCUCAUAGUUAAAGUAUAACGAAAUAAGAUUUUAGGAAGAAUAAGCCAUCACUACUCUAUUGCUAGCAAGAGACUAUAAUCUCUUGUUGCCACUGAAUACAUGGGAAAACAUAUGGUGUGGUCCGAGUUCAUAUUGCCAGUCUGAAAAUGACCCAAAUAAAGCUUGCUCUUUCAUUUUUUUCUUUUAACCAUAGCUUGUCCCGAGUUGAAAUGUCAACCACCACUCGCCCCCGAAAUAAAGAAAAACGCUCCACCAUCCCAAAGAGGAGAUGAAUUCAAUGAGAUCAACGGUUCCUUUGGUCAAAGGGUCAACCCGUUUUCUAGGAAGGCAAAACGCUUGGACCGACAAGCACAAAGCCCUGUGAAUAUGUUUGAGACAGCUGAAGUCGACAAGUGUACCCUGCCAAUCCAACACCAGGAUCUUGUAUCUAAUAUUACCAUUCAUUCCUCUGACGCACGGAUUAAACCAUUUUCCAAUAAAGCCGAGGCGUUGUAUCCACCAACGCUUAAUUGCCCAGCCGCUAACAUCGUGGGAACUGAAGCUGAGAAUUACACUCCAUCACCUGAACUCAGUGGGGUUCCAUCCAACAAUAUCACUGAUUCUUAUGGUAACAAGGUAAAUCCCUUUUCCAAGAGAGCUAUCGGGGUUACAAAACAAUCGGACAUCCUUACAGCCAGAUUGUUUCCAGCUCAAACUGUCACAAACAGUGCGACAAUUUCCUCAAACGAUGCUGGGUUCAAGAAUACAAUAUUUAAUAUUACCACUCAGUACUCAGGCGAACAGAUUGAUUCUUUCUCCACGAAAGCUGAGGCACAAGAGCGACCAACACUUAACUGUUCUGCCGCCGACAUCGGAGGAGCUGAAAAUGUGAAUAACACUCCACCAGUCCAUCCGAAUGGUGUUCCAUCCAACAUUAUCACAGAUAACAAGGUGAAUCCCUUUUCCAAGAGAGCUACAGGCGUUACAAGACCUCCGCAUACCCCUACCCUAAACUUUGCUGAAGUUGAAAUGAUGAUCGUUCCGAGU